AGAAAGCAAUUUCCCAGAAUGUCGAACUAUUUCUUCAAGCCACCCUUGCUCAAGUUCAGUCAAGUUUUCUUAAUACAUCCAUGGUUCAGACACGCUACUUUCCAAUACUGUUUACUUCCGACCAGCGCUGUGAAGUGUGGUCUGGCAAAAACUUCCGAACGACGUACUACAGUCUAGCAGUAGGCGUUUACGAGGAACACGUUAAUGCAUCACAUCACAGGGGUAGUGUUCGCGACUUUCUAUGAUCCCAGGUGAAAGAGAAAGUAGACAGCUACGACGAGGGACACACGGAUUUGGAAAUAAAUCUUUUUUUGUAUUUCAUUUAGUCGUAAAAGUGUUUCUGGUUAGCACACCGGCGAAACCAUGAAGUGGUUCUUCAUAUUAAGCGGCUUAAUAGCGUGUACAGGAAAGCCUGUGAGGUCCUCCUGUCCAGUCAAUAUGAGCCCUUCUAGAGUUGUGGUGAGAUUUGGAGAUCCCUUCUCGGUCAACUGCAGCUCACCAUCCAACCAGUUACAGUCAAUGGGCUGGGAGUCUACAUACGGCACAGGCAUAGGACGUCAAGAUGGGGUCUCGUCUGUUUCCUUAGAAAUAGACUCUGUGAAAGACUGGGACCUUACACCACUCUGCUUCAUCAAUCUCCUUGACAAUCAUCAGUGUGCAGAAACCCUAUCAGUCACUGUUUACAAAAUACCGGACAGUGUGUCCAUGUCUCAGCCAAGUCAAAUGGGCCCGAUGGUAGAGGGCGAAAAGUAUCACAUGCAGUGUGACAUUGUUAAUGUUGCACCAGUAAGAAACCUCUCUGUGAACUGGCACAAAGGAAAUAAGAUAAUCUAUACUGAGGAAUUUGACAAGACCAGUCCAUCUCCAGUCAAUACGUCAUCCGUCUUGAAUCUGACUGCCCAAAGAAGUGAUAAUGGAACUCAGAUCUGGUGUGAAGCACAGCUGAAGUUUUCGCCACCAGUACCAAAUCUACACACAAUCCAAUCAAAGUCCCAUGAAGUGGUUGUACUGUACUCACCAACCUUCACCAGGCCUGAAAAUGAGACACUGGAACUCAGUGCUGGUAGUACAAUCAUUUUAAAUUGCACUGCUACAGGAAACCCAAUGCCCGUAUACAGCUGGCAUUUUCCACACCCAAUACAACAGACGAAGAAUAAAAAUGAGAAUCAACCCAUUUUGGCCCCGUCCAUUCAGCUUUCAGGGACCUAUACCUGCACAGCGUCUAAUACCCAGGGCACCAAGACCAAAACUUUUACUGUCAUCGAAGCUACAAUGUCAGGUGAAGGUUGCUCCCUAAUCCUCAAGCCCUCCCGGGUCGUGGUGGGUUUUGGGGAGCCGGUGUCAGUCAGCUGUGAGGCCACCCGCCCGGUACGUGUCCUGGGCUGGGAAUCGGUCAUCAGUGCUGCACACACUCAACAGGACCUUUCUGUUCGGUGGAAGGUGGACAGUCUCAUUGAUUGGAUAGAGGAGCCUAUCUGUUAUGGUGUGUUCUUCACAGCUCCCAGACAGUGUGAGGAGAAGCUCAACCUUGUCCUCUACAAAACCCCCGAUAGCGUCUCCAUCAGGCCUGUGAACCACACUGGCCCCAUGGUGGAAGGAAAAGAGUACCAGCUGCUCUGCGAGGUUCAGAAUAUUGCUCCUGUUCAGUAUCUCACCCUGAGGUGGUACAAGGGGCAGACUGAAGUUUAUAACCACUCCUUCUCUGACCUCACAUCAUCCUCGCCUGUCCAAGUGUCCUCUAUCCUCAUGGUCACACCAACUAAAGCUGAGAAUGGAGCGCAGUACAGGUGCGUCGCAGAGCUGGAGCUCGGACCAGAGGGUCCACAACCACCUCCUACUGUGACCUCGGAGCCUCUUAAUGCCUCUGUGUACUUCCCCCCAAUGUUCCUCAGUCCCGAACCAGAGGUUUUGGACCUUAUAGUGGGUGCUGACAUUACCUUGAACUGCACUGCCACAGGAAACCCCACACCUGUGUACAGCUGGCAAUCCUCCAAUCCUAUUCAGGAGAGGAUGGAGGAUGAAGCAGCUCUUACCUCCCCCUCACUGCUCCCAGGGACCUACACCUGCUCUGCCUCCAAUACACUGGAGAAGAAGAGCAAGCAGUUCAUCGUCAAGGCCAAAACCAAAGGUGUUUGAAACAAGAGAUCUUGAGAUGGGAUCAGAUGACAACAUUGGACAUGCGAGGAGAUUCCAACUAAGAGGAUUUGACUGCUGCUGCUUUGGAGACGGAAACGACAAUGCAUUACAAAUAUUUAUGAGGAUCUUGCUAUCAAGCAGAAUUAGAUCUCUUUAAAACAUUUUUGAAUAUGUUAUGUUUGGUAACUGUCAUUUAUUUUUGUCAGUAUUUUAACAAAAAGUGUUUUCUGUAAAAUAGAUUGGUGGAUUAGGAUAUUGUAUGCUUUCCAUGUGAUAUCCUGUGUGUAAUUUAUAUUUUUGCUAGACUUGUUUUCAUAUUAAUGAAAUUAUCUUGUAACAUUACACAUGUGUCGCUACUCUUGAUAUAGCAAUGAUGACUACAUUAUCAAUUAUGUAUGCUGGGAAUUUACUACAGAAUGUUAAAGAUCAGCAGCCCAUUAACUGUAAAUAUGAUUUCUUUUUCUUAAUUUUCUUAUCUUUAUGAAUAAAAGUAAAAUGAAAAAA